AAUGCUAAUCCACCACUGGAUUUUGCUCGGCCUGAGCUGGACACUCUGCAAUGCUGAUUUUUAUUCAGAAACCGAAGUUGGAAAGUUCCUGAGGCACCUGGAAGUCAUACCAGAUGUCAUUGAAGCGGGGCCGCAGGAGUUUCUCAAUGUCACGUAUCUGGGAUUUAUUCAAGCCGAUCGCGGCGUGGAGCUACAGCCCAUGCAAGUGCGCGAUGAGCCCUAUGUGGCCUGGAACGCACCCAUGACAAACUAUUACACGCUGCUGAUGAUCGACCCGGAUGCACCAAGCCCCCAACAGCCCUCGGCCCGGGAGAAGUUGCACUGGAUGGUGCUCAACAUUCCCGGCAAUCAGCUGAUUAUGGGUGAUGUUCGCGCCGGCUAUGUGGGGCCCACGCCAGCCUCGGGGAGUGGACUCCAUCGCUAUGUCUUUCUGCUCUACAGGCAACAGGAUUACACUAAAUUCGAUUUUCCAAGACUGCCCAAACACAUUCUUACGGGACGCAGCAAAUUCAGAAGCAUGCAAUUUGCGAAACGCUAUAAGCUCGGUUAUCCGGUGGCUGGAAAUGUGUUCACUGCCACCUGGAGCACCGAUGUGCCAGCCCUGUACAACUCCAUCUCCCGAGGCGCAAAACAGAAAAUCACGCUAUUAGAAACGAAGCAGAAUAUAUCAAAACGUUCGAAAAUGUCGAGUUCCGAAGCUGCCGAAUGCUUUGCAAAGCAUGAAAUUGUUCCAGAUGUAGUCCCCGUGGGGCCAAAUAAACUACUCAAGGUCACCUAUGGAGGCGGUCUGGUCGUCGACAAGGGCGCCGAACUGACACCCACUCAGGUAAAGGCUCAGCCGAAUGUGGAAUGGGACGCAGAGCCGGAGGCGCUGUACACUCUCAUCCUAACCGAUCCGGAUGCUCCAAGCCGCAAGCAGCCCAAGUUUCGUGAGUGGCAUCAUUGGCUCGUGGUCAACAUACCCGGCACUCAGAUCGCAAAAGGUGACGUGCUGAGCGAAUAUGUAGGCGCUGGGCCGCCCGAGGGCACGGGACUUCACCGAUAUGUAUUCCUGCUCUUCAAGCAGAAGCAGAAGCUAUCCUGCAAAGAACCACGCAUACCCAAGACCAGCGGCGAUAAUCGAGCCAAGUUUAGCACCACCAAGUUCGUGGGCAAGUACGAUCUUGGCAAUCCCGUGGCCGGCAACUGCUUCCAGGCCAAGUACGAUGACUAUGUGCCCAAGCUGUACAAGCAACUCUCUGGCAAGAAGUAGCCAUUAAAUAUAUAGUCACCAAUUGUGUAUCUAAUAACUAUUAAAAUUCGCAUUGAAGCGCAACGAGUAA